AUGCCCAAAGUUCGAACAGGGUGUGCCACCUGCAAAAUCCGCCGAGUAAAAUGCGAUGAACAACGUCCCAAGUGUCUCCGAUGCUCUUCUACCGGGCGAAGCUGUCCCGGGUAUCCCCAAGCUGUCAACUGUCAACCAAAAAUCAAAGUGUAUAACAUUCCAUUCAAAGUCCCCGGCAGUCGCACGGAUCGUGAACUACUUCACUAUUACUGCAGCGAAGCAGCCGAGUCCUUUUCUCGAUUCUCGGAGAAUACACUAUGGAGACACCUCAUCAUGCAGAGAAGUCAAGACCAGCCUGUUAUACGCAAUUCCCUUGUGGCGCUCAGUUGUCUUUAUCGCGACUAUUAUCUUGCUGAGUCACCACAACUUAAGGUGUCUGUCAAACAUAUCCAGCUUAUCACCAGAUCACACUCUCAGCUCCGUGCGUAUCUUGCCCAGGACGCCUCAGCUGAGGUUGCGCUUAUCUGCAGCCUCAUAUUUUAUACAUUUGAGUGCCUAAUUGGCAAUGUGCGACAAGCAUUAUGGCAUCUAGAUCAAGGCCUAAUCAUAUUGCGAAGACUUCAAACCGAUUGUCCGUGUCUUACGGAAGGCCAGGAGUCUUAUGUGCAGUUGGCGGCAAUAUUCUCUCAGCUUGAUAUUCAUGCCAGUAUCUUUUCACCCGAAAGAAUCCCCAUUCUGCGACUUGCCUUGCCGGAACAAGUUUUGGGGAUAAUUCCUACGGUUCCAGAUGAGCCAUCGGGCCUACCUGGUUUAGAAAAAUCACUUGUCGUGCUCCAAAAUUGGACAUUGUGGCAUCUAAUGGAGUAUGUGGAGUAUAAGAAUCUACCUUUGACUCAGGUGCCACCCGUUGUUCUUCAGGAAAGGCUGAAUUUAGAGUCCCAACUCCAAAAAUUGGAAGAAAAGAUAGAGAAAAUGAUGACGAAUGAACGUUCUGAGUCUUUGAGUUCUUCGCAACGCCAACAACUCAUUCUAUAUCGAAGCCAAGCACUCAUUUUUCAUGCGGUUCUCUUGGAGAAUAUUGUCUGCACCCUCGAUGGCGCAGAAACUUCUCUCAAUGCCUUCUGCAGAUUUGAUCUGGCGCUCACCCAAAUAUCAACACUUCUGUCGUCCGAUGGACAGGAUUCCUUUUUUGAAAAGAAUACGACUUCCAAACGAGGUUUCACCCUUUCUACAAACAUCAUUGCAAUGUUAUACUUCGUCUGUUUGAAGACAAACGAUCGUCGCAUCUUGCGCAUGGCACUCUCCCUGAUGCAGGGACCGUUAUUCACAGCCCGUGAUGGACUAUGGGAUGCACGUACGGCUGUGACUAUUGUCAAAGCCCUUCUAUCAGAAGAUGACAUACAAAGCGAGGAGCCGGAGAUGGACUUUAGACUAGAAUAUGUGGGCUCUGGGAUUGUGGAUACAAGUGGUGGGGCCACUGAUGUUGCUGAAAAUGGCCGUCUACCUCAGUAG